CUAUUGACUAUAUCGAAACAGAGGAACAUUUCCGUAACGUCAGUUGCUCGCUCGUAUCUCUUUGGCGAAGGGGAAAAUGUCGGUGUGUUGGUGGGGUCUGCUGUGCCACUAGUGACUUUCGCCAUCAAUUUCUCUUUGUAUUUAAACAUAUUUUUGAUUCAGGGUAAGAAAACCCAUUAACGCAAAUUCUGCCCUUGAUUGAUAACAAAAGAAAAAGCACCGAAAGGGUGCUCGCGAUAGUGAAAUAUUGUUCGAGAUUUCGUGCGUAUUGUGCGGAUCUUGAAAAGGGCAGUGUUUUGUGCGUGGCAGGCAUAGAACGAAGAAGGCACCAGGCAACAUGACGUCGGUACUCGCUAUAGGCAAAUCCGAAUUUAUUGUCGGUGGCAAGUACAGGUUAAUAAGAAAAAUUGGCUCUGGAUCUUUUGGAGAUAUUUAUCUUGGGAUCAACAUCUCCCAUGGAGAGGAAGUCGCUAUUAAACUUGAAAAUAUUCGUGCUCGCCACCCGCAACUUCUUUACGAAUCCAAGUUAUACAAAAUUCUUCACGGUGGCAUCGGAAUACCCCACAUACGCUGGUAUGGUCAAGAACGUGAAUACAAUGUCUUAGUAAUGGAUCUGUUGGGCCCAUCUCUAGAGGACCUUUUUACCUUCUGUUCACGAAGGUUCACAAUAAAAACAGUUCUAAUGCUGGCUGAUCAAAUGAUUGGAAGAAUUGAAUUCGUCCAUUGCAAACAUUUUAUUCACAGGGACAUUAAACCAGAUAAUUUUUUGAUGGGUAUUGGACGUCACUGUAAUAAGCUCUUUUUGAUUGACUUUGGACUCGCGAAGAAAUACAGGGAUAGUCGCACAAGAUCGCAUAUUGUGUACAGAGAAGACAAAAAUUUGACUGGUACGGCGAGGUAUGCUUCCAUUAAUGCACAUGUUGGAAUUGAACAAAGUCGUCGAGACGACAUGGAAUCACUUGGGUACGUACUUAUGUACUUCAAUCGUGGAUCUCUUCCCUGGCAGGGACUCAAAGCUGCCACAAAGAAGCAAAAAUAUGAAAAAAUCAGUGAGAAAAAAAUGUCCACACCAGUCGAAGUUUUGUGCAAGGGCUUCCCAGCUGAAUUUGCGAUGUACCUGAACUAUACGCGAGGCCUCCGCUUCGAAGAGAGUCCAGAUUAUAUGUACCUUCGACAACUGUUUCGUAUUCUGUUCCGCACCUUGAAUCAUCAAUACGAUUAUACGUUUGACUGGACGAUGUUGAAGCAAAAGGCUGCAGUUGCCUCUUUAAAUAGCGGUGCUUCGGCAAGUGGUCACGGACAGCCUAGUCAGGGCGUUGCGGUACAAGGUACCGUUCAAGGUCAGCAGCCUUCUCAAGCAGCCGGGCAACCAGGGGCGGCUCGUUAAAUCAUUAAUACAUUGAGUGAUAGCACCAAAAGUUGAACGCGAUCGCUGUAGUGUCACACACACUAUUCAUACUCGACACACCAUUUCAACAUUCGAAUUGAGUCAAAAUCAAACGAUUCUCUAAGUAACACGAAGAAAAUUGAUAGAAAAAAUUUUAUUAUCGAAUUAGAAAAUUAAAACUAUAUAGAAAAUCAUUAUCAUCGUGUACAUGUGUGUGUCUUUAUACAAAAACAAAAACAAAAACAAAAAUUACUUAGAGGAUCGAUUGAUAUCAACUUUUUUCCAAGUCAAAAAGAACUGACUCAAUAAUCAUCAUUCUUUCUUCAUCAUCGAUUUAUCAUCAAAUUAUUACAAACAAAAAAAGGAAGUCAUUAUAGAGUCCAAAUGACGAUUCAUUUUUACUUGAUAAAAAAAAAAUUUUUUUCAUAGAAAGAAAGAGAGACUUUUUGGAAUGUUAAUAUAUUAUACAUAUAUAUAUAAAACCACAAGUAUGUUUGGACUAAACGUGAAAUAACAAUUUUUAUAAAUUAAUCUCUCGAUUUAGAAAGUGUGAAUUUGUGUGAAGAGUGAUAAUGAAGACUCGCAGAAUUUUUUUAGACCAAUUUUAGGGCAAAUUCGGUUAUGUAUAGAUAAUAAGGAUGAAAAAAAAUAGUGUAGUGGACUUUUUUUUGUUUGUUUAUCUUUUUUUGUUUAGUCUAUGAGGACUUAUCUGACAUUUGCGAAAAACUCAUUUCAAAAAUAUUCUAUCGCUAAAAUUAUACUUUCUUUUUCAAUUUCUACAUAAUCAACGAGUUUUAAUUGUCAUAAAAUAGAAAAAGAAAAAUUAUAAUCUAGACUCUCUUUCUCUCUGUGUGAAUAUUUUCAUUAUGUAAAAAAAAUAUAUCCGCAUUUCUUCAGAAUUAAUGACUCCUCCCUUUUAUUUAUUUUUUUUUUUUUUGUAAAUUUGAGCAUCGAAUACAUUUUCGAUAUUUUGAUAAAUGUUCGAUAUUUAAAUUUGUUCAAAGACUAUUCCUAGCCAACAAAAAGAGUCAUUAAUUCUCGAGAAAGGAAUUCAAAAAUUUAGAGGAAAUUGAUAUUUCUCGAAAAUUUUUUUCUCUCUUCUCUUUAAUCCUCUAACCCCGUAAUUUUUUUUUAAAGGCGAUAAGAGAGUCGCAUCGCCGAAAAAUAAAAUAAAAAAAAUGUAAUGUCUGCAGUUGUCUACUGCAAAUGAAAAAUCGUGAUAUUUCAUAUGCUGCCGGCUGCCGAUGUAGCAUUAAACCUUUAUAAUUUUUAUGCACACUGCGUAUGUACUUUUAGUUUCGUUUUUAGCUACUAAGAUUUUUCAUUAUAAUUAAGAAGUAUAGCCCACGAAUGUUUAUGUUACGUUUUCUUUUUUUUAAAUACCUAAUUAUACAAAAUAUAUAUAUAUAUAUAUAUUAUAUUGUAGUGUAUUAUUUUUCGUCGUUUUUUCAUAAUUAGCCUACUUUGUAUACACGUCCGGUAGAAGGGGGUUCACUCUUAAAAAAGAAAUAAUUAUCCAAAAAGAGUAACCCAUAAAUUAUUGAAAUGAAACAAGAACAAGAUGAAUGAAAUGAAGAAGAUGAAAAAAAGGAAAGCGAUAGAUGAUAGCAAUUUAUGA